GUUUGAACUCCCGAUUUCUGAUUUUUGACUUCAAACGCAGUUUUGGCUUGUUUUGCUGUGUAAGUUCCUCAAGCAGUUGUUAUGUUUUGCUACGUUUUAGGUUGUUGUCCAAAGUGAUUCCUAGCUGAAUCCACUUUAGACUUCAGACUUCAAACUGUUUCAGACUACAGACUUACAGGGUUGACUUCAGACUCAAGAUUUGAGAUCUCUGAUACCAGCGUGAAGAACUCAUACAGCAACAUGCCAGAAUUGCGUCUGAAGUCAGAAAUCACCAACGCAUGCUGUCUGAAGUCUGAAGUCUGAAGUCCCUUCUCUGCUUUCGUAUAAUUGAUAUAAUUUUUCUGUCAGUUAAGUACUGCUUUUGAUAGAAAGAAGGCCAGAACAGCAUAGCUUAGCUAGCUCCUUUCUGAAAAGACUGAAAUCCUUGCAUGAUUCGAAUUAAGCAAUAGAGAAAACGUACUUGUUUUCAUAGCUUGAUAUGAACGAGAGAUGGUGUUGGAAUUCGAGACAAUUAUGCAAACCCGAAAGCCGAGCUGCAAAAUUUUGAAUCAAUUGUUUCGAGAAAUUAAUAUGUUAUUACGCACACAAAUCUCCUCUACAAGUCAUCUCUGCAUUAUGACUGGCCUUUAAAAUUGUUUUUGCACAAGUUGUCUUAAUUUUCAAACUUUUUGAGAGGUUAACGUGCGCUAACGCUAGACGACAGCCAAGUCUAAUUGAAGAACUGUCCUUUAGGUGUUUUUGACGGAAAAAAAACCUUACCCGAACAUGUUCCUGAUUCGAUUCUUCAAAGGACAACUAGCAAGACUCCCCGGAGCUAUAACCAUGGCCUGCCUUAAUUUACAACCGAAUAAGAACUUGAAAAACUAGAUCGGGAAAAGUUGAAUGCCACUAGCAGAUAGAACCGAUCUCCUGUUUACAUUUCACAAAUGAGCUAUAGGCAAAGUGAAUCGGUGAAGUGGUCUCAAUAUUUUGCUUUAACAACUGAAUCAAAAUUUUUUUUAACGUCACACUAUUGAAAGUGGGCCAGUUCAUCUCAAGGUCAACCUGGUCAAGGUUACUAAAAAUUUUCAAUGCAAAAUAAAUGUGCCAACUUGGUAGAUUUCGAAGUAAAAGAAACGCCAAAAACAACAAGAAUCUAACGUCUUUUGUACGGCAUACAAAAAGCCAUCAAAUCGAUGCGUUAUUUGCUAAAUCAUGAUUUGAGGUAGGUGUCUUUCUUGGUACGCCAGUUAGACAUGAGGCCUCUACUAAUUUUAACCAUUAUUCUCCUGUUAGGAUCUGAACUGAAGUGCGAUGGAGGAGCCAAGCAAUUUCACCCAACUAGAAAGCCAUGGGGAGGACGACCAGCCGCGUCCUAACAACGGGACAGAUCUGAAGGUGGCAAAGAUGAUCAUGAUUGGUCUCUACGUCAUUAUCUUCUUGUUCUCUCUAGUUGGCAAUUCCCUUAUCUUUCAUCUUGUCCGCACCCGUAAGAGUAUUCGCAAGAACCAGUUUUACUGGCUCAUUGUCAAUACAGCAGUUGCUGAUCUCAUGGAUGUAGUCACAGCGUCUGCCUUCUCAGUGGCAUACUUCUUAUAUGAGGAAAGAUGGGGACUUGGAGCAUUUGGAGCUUCCCUGUGCAAGAUCAUUCCUUACCUGCUUGUAACUUCCAUUUGUGCUGCCAUUUGGACGCUCACAGUCAUUGCUGUUGACAGAUAUCUAGUUAUUGUGUGUCUCCGAAGAAGGGCCCUGUCAUCCCGAUCAGUGUUGUGUUCCAUUUGCGCCGUUUGGCUGUGUGCUGCGUUAGUAUCCAUCGGGCAGCUGUACAAAUUCAAAAUGGAAAUAGAAGAUGAUGGCACAGCCUACUGUAUCGAUGAGUGGAGCGAUCAAUCGGAAGAGACGUCUCUGCUUAUCUACAAAACGGAAAUGGUUACGAGGGUUGUCAUCACCUACGCAAUUCCACUUUUUGUCAUAGCAAUCUUGUAUUUUUUGAUUGCUAGGUUUCUGUGGAAGCGCAAGCCACCAGUCAGUGUCAACCAACAUGCUUACAAUAAUCAGAUCAGAAAACGCAAGACAGUGAUCAAGAUGUUGAUUACAGUUGUCACCGUUUUUGCGGUCUGUUGGUUCCCUGUGCACGUCAGUCACAUAAUGUCUAAGUUUCACCAAGAUGCUUACAGCGAUAUUCCAGAGGUUCUCAGAUGGCUGUUCUUCUGGCUGGCGCAUGCUAAUGCUGCAAUUCAUCCCUGGCUGUUCAUAGCAUUUAGUGAGCAUCUCAGAGAGGGAACAAAGGAGAUAUAUCGAGAUAUGUGUAAACCAAACCAGCUGAGAUUGCGUCACGGGUCCACUCCAAGUUUGGCAACCGUAAAUGAUCCUCUUUCCCGGUCUGUCACGCCCCCCAAAGGCAGCGUUCGCGGCCGUGCUGAACGCUUGCUGAGCUAAUGUGUGCACGCUGAUUUAAGAAAGGGUACCGAACUACAGGUGAUUCUAUUCACUCAGGACAUCUAAAUUAAAGAUGCAGCCUAUUUGACCAUUAAUGUUAACAUAGGUAAAAAAAAAAAACACACAACAGUCCAAUAAACGCGCCAGCAAUUCAGUGAUCAAACAUUAGUUCAUUGAGCGUAGGUUACAUCCCGCUGCGGCGGAAAUAGCCAGUAAUACGUUAGAUCUUUUAAAUACAUAAAUGCGCAUCAUUACCUAAGUGGUAAAUACUCAUUUAGGGAUGACACAAAAACUAAAUUGAGAAAUAGCUAUGGUAUACUAUUAUUUAGUUCUAGUAAGCUCACUUAUGUAAACAGGAAAAUAGACUGAUGGCAAUUCAGUAAAAGUUAAAUAGUCUGCUCGAAGGUCUGUCAUGCUCAUCAGGGGCACAGUGAACAAACCUGGAAAGAGAGUCAGCGCUGAAAGGGAAAGCUAACACGGUCCGAAAUAAAAAUUUAAAAUAAAUAACACGACAAAACGCGCACUGAGAAAGCAGAAAAAUAUAUAACGGUUAACGGUGGAGGAAAACUUGUUUUUUGACUCUCUUCCCGCACGUUUCGAACUGUGGUAACCACAGCUGGCCCUACGUGCCCUAAGUGUUGAACACAAACCACUAAGGAGUGGGAUUAGAUUCGACAUUGUUAUAUGAUCAUGACCUAAAAGCGUUUGAUACAUUAAAGAUACUUGCUUUGUCUUGAUGCCAAUUUAUUUCGCCUAUAUUCAUAGUUUUUAUUUUAGAGGUAUUCAUUUUGCCAAAUAAGCAAAUGCUUUUUAGUCUUAUUUCAUUUGACUUGUUUUACCAGCUUUACCAAGCACAAGCCUACCCAUCAAGGAAGGUCACUCGGUCGGACUUACAGGUUCCUUGCGAAGUGCCCUCCUAACCUGCUAACAGUAGAUAGACACCUAGGGCUGGUCACCGCUAGAGUGAUUGCCUAGCUAGUGGUUAUUUUAUGACGUACAAAAGAUUCGUCUUAGUUUUAUCAUAGGGAUCUUAAGAUUCUAGGACGGGGAUGACUCUGGGACAAAAAUUGACUUCAAGUUUUUCGGGCGCAUUCUAAAACAAAUCAAAUUUGUUAAAUUCCGUCUUGGAAAAUGGAUGAACCUCGAGAGACAAGAAGCCUUAACUCGCGGCUAAGUGUGUUGAAUGAAGAUACGUGAGGUACCCCGGAAAGUUUUUCAAUUUUACUCAUUUUAACAGAAAAGUUCGCACGGUUAUUUUUUAUUGAAAGUCGUUAAGCCGUCUCCUUAUCGUAAAAUGAGAAAUGUUCUAAAAUUUGAUAACUUCUUUCCACCACUAAGAGAUUCUCGCUAAAAACCAUAGUAGAAUGACGAACGCUAUCGCGUUUUCCCGCCAAAAUGUCGCUGGUUCACGAGUGCGCACUAUUUCGUAUUAAAAAGUAGUAGUCUUCCUCGUCUUGGUAUCUAAAGUCUCUCUUGAAAAGGAGAGUCAGUAACUAAGAAACUGAAUUUACAAUAUCUUAUUCUUAAGGCAAAUUUUUGAAGCUAAACAGGUAUGCGAAGAGGAUUGAUGUUGAAAUUUUCUUUCUCAAAUCUUUCGCUUAUGUUGUAUCCGGUUUGCAGACUCUUCAGAGAGUUGGUUGCUUAAGUUGCAUGUUGACAAGAUCACUAACUAAAACAUAAAUAGAGAAUUGUAAUGUUGCUAUUGCCAGUUCUUAGUGUAGUGGAGAGUAAUUUUUUUUUAUUUCUAGCGUUACAGAUGUCAGUAAUUUAUACUUUAUAAUUGUGCUUCCUCCGUAAGUUUGCUUUGUAGGUUUUCGACCCAUGUCAUGGAAUUAAAGACAGUCUUGGUUGCUGGAUUCCACGCCGUGGACUCCGGAUCUCCGGAUUCUAAUCGUUAGUGGGAUUCCGGAUUCCUAGAGCUGUUUUAGGGAUUCUAAAUCCCUGGAUUCCGCAUUCCACAAGCAAAAAUUUCCCGGAUUGCGGAAUCCAGUUUCCCUUAAGGUGAUGUUACACGGGACGAUUCGCAACAACGAUUCUUAGCACAACACAGCGUUGCAAUGUUGGAAC